AUGGAAGGAACAAAUUUCACCGUGGUGGUAGAGUUUAUUCUCCUUGGAUUUUCUGACCUUCCCAACCUACAAGGAUUUCUAUUUGGAAUUUUCUUAGUCAUAUACUUGAGCAUCCUGUUAGGAAAUGGCCUUAUCAUUAUAAUAACAAAAACAGAUCCAUCUCUCCAAACACCUAUGUACUAUUUCCUUGGCAAUUUUUCUUUCUUAGAAAUAUGUUAUGCAUCUGUCACUGUUCCCAGAAUGCUGACAGACCUUUGGACCCACAAUGGGAAUAUUUCUCUAUGGGCCUGUGCUGUACAACUUUGCUUGUUUCUUAUUCUUGGAGUUACAGAAUGUUUCCUUCUAGCUGUGAUGGCAUAUGACCGUUAUGUGGCUAUCUGUAAGCCUUUGUACUAUUUUCUCAUCAUGAGACACCAUGUGUGUAUGGGACUCGUGGUUGGUUCCUGGAUUCUUGGAAUCCCAGUUGUGAUAGGACUGACAUACCAGAUUUUCUCUAUGCCCUUCUGUGAGUCGAUGAAACUCAAUAAUGUUUUUUGUGAUAUUUACCCAGUACUUGAAGUGACUUGUGGAGACACAUCUAUGAAUGAACUUUCUGUCUAUGCUGAUGUUGUGCUUUUUGGAAUGAUUCCCUUUAUAUUGAUACUCAAUUCCUAUAUAAGAAUCAUCACUACUAUCAUGAAGAUGCCAUCAGCUACAGGAAGGUCUAAAGCUUUCUCAACAUGUUCUUCCCACCUGACAGUUGUCAGUUUAUUCUUUGUAACUGCAAUCCUGACACAUUUGCGAACAAAGACCAGUCAUUCAGCAGCAACUGAGAGGGUGCUCUCACUUUUGUAUACAACCAUGACCCCACUAGUUAACCCCAUUAUUUAUAGCCUGAGGAAUAAGGAUGUCAUUGUGGCACUGAGAAAAGUGUUACUUAAAUGA